AUGUCUUUACCAUCUAAUUGGAGACAAUUACAAUUGUUUGAUAUAGUGCCGAUAAGAGAUCCCAAUUAUAAUUCUGAUGAUGCAUUAUAUUCUAAUACUACAUUAACUGCCAUAUCAUCGACAGAGAAAUAUAUGGUUAUAUCAAUAGACAAUUGUUAUUUAAAGAUAAUAUCUCAAGAUUUCCAAAGUUUAAAGACUUUUAUGGCCUAUGAUUCCGAUUAUACUAUAACUUAUGUCAAUUCCAUCGAUCAAUUGGAUUUAAUUGUGACAAUUGCUGAAAAACAAGGGUUCCCUUCAGUUUUGAAAUUGUGGAAUUUAUCUAAAAUCUUAUCGAUAGAGUUGAAUGAGAAUGAAGAUCCUGAUGAUGUAUUGAAGAGGAAAUAUCAAACUCAAGUGAUGAUUCAGAAUGGUGAUAAUUCAUUUCCUAUAAGUUGUUUCAUAUUCAAUGAUGAUUUUUCAUGUAUAUCUGUAGGUUACACCAAUGGGAAGGUAUUGUUAAUCCGUGGAGAUUUGAUUAGAGAUAGAGGUUCAAAACAAAGAAUUAUUUAUGAAACUCCUGAUCCUAUUACAGGUUUACAAUUCAAUGAGUAUCAUGAGUUGAUCUAUGUUACUACAACUUCGAAAAUCUUAACUGUGGCAACCACAGGGAGAAACCAAGGUAAACCUUUAAAAAUAUUAUCCAAACAAGUUGGCGUACCUUUACAAUGUUCUACCAAGGAUAAGUCUACUCAGGAAUUAAUCGUAGGAACAGACUCUUCUUUAAGGUAUUAUAAUCAUUUUGGUAAAAGUCAUAUAAUCAAUUUCGAAAUAAAGAAGAAAAUCAUCUACAGAUUUAAGAAGAACUAUCUUUUGAUGGUAUCACCAGAAGAGAACUCCACCGGAAAUUCACGUAAACAAACAACUAAAGUCAUUAUUCUUGAUCUUCAUAAUAAGCAUAUUUCAUUCACUGUAACAUUACCCAAUACCACCAUGAAUCAUAUUUUGGAAAUGUGGGGGGAUAUAUAUUUAUUGAGUUCGGAUGGAAUGUUAUAUAAAUUCCAUGAAAAGCCAAUCAACCAACAAGUAGAGAUCAUUUUACAAAGAGAACUAUUCCAAUUAUCAUAUCAAAUAGCAAAACAAUCGAAACUAUCUCCAGAUAUCUUAUUGAGAAUUUGUAAGUUACACGGAGAUUUUUUGUAUAACAAGCAAGAUUAUCACGAAUCUAUAAAAUUAUUCAUUAAGUGUUUGAAUUAUUACAAGGAUCCCAACUUAAAUUUGAAGCAAGAUGAUGAAACAUUGAAUGAUUUCAUUAUCAAUAUCAUUACCAAAUUCAAGGAUGCUUCCAAUAUUAAUAAUUUGACAGAAUUCUUGAAUCAAUUAUAUAAAUUGGAUAUUGCCAAUAAUGAUCACAUAACGUUGUUGUUAUGCUGUUAUUGUAAAUUGAAGAGUGUUGACAAAAUCAAGACCUUCAUUAAUGAAUUGGAUUUGACUGAUGAAGAUGAAAGUAACGAAUUAGCAUCUUUAGAUUUCCCCUUGAUCAUAAACUUGUUCAAAGAAUGUGGUUAUUUCCAUGAAGUUAUCAAAUUGUUACAUAAAUUGAAUCGUCCAAGUUUAAUUGUCGAUAUUCAAUUAAAUGAUUUGAAAAGUCCCAAAAAAUGUUUGAAAUAUAUCAAGACUUUACCCAUCGAUGAUUUAUUAUUGAUUUUAAUCGAACAUUCUAAAACUUUGUUGGAUAACUUACCCAUUGAAACCACUGAAUUAUUGAUUAAUGUAUUUACUGGUAAAUACACUGCUCAUGAUUCAAAUGUUUUAAAUGAACAAAUUGAAGAAAAGGAGAAAGAACCAGUAUCAGAUUCUUCAUUCCCCAUUAGUAGUUAUCAAAAUUUUUUAGCUUACUUGUCAAAUAAUGCUGAAGAACCCGAAGAAGAACCGGUUGAUAAUGGACCUACCUAUUUACCUCCAAGACCCAGUUUGAUCUUUGCUAGUUUCAUGAAUAAUCCUCAUGAAUUUGUGGUUUUCCUCGAAGCUUGUAUCGAAACUUUCGAUAAAUAUCAAGGUAACAUCAAUGACAAGAAAGAAUUAUUAAUAACAUUAUUUGAAAUGUAUUUAUCAUUAUCCAAAAAGAGUGAAAACUCAGAAUGGUUAGAUAAAGCACAGGGGGUUAUUGAUGAUAAUUCUGAAUUUUUGGACGAAUCCACAAUCUUAUUAAUUAGUCACAUUUAUAAUUUCAAACCGGGAGAAUUAUCUUCCAAGAAAAGACAAGGGUUUGAGGAGAGUUUAUUCAGAUCAGCUCAAUUGGUUGGUGAUAUAGAUGAAUGUCUUAAGAUCGUUAAUCAAUACGGUGAUUCGAAACCUGAAUUAUAUAAGUUUUUAUUGAGGUUUAUUGUGUCCAAACAACAAUACUUUGACAAAGUAUCUGACAAAGAUUUCAAAUUCAUUUUGAAUAAGAUUAAAGAUUAUAAAUUAUCAACACCUUUAGAAAUAAUUCAAAUUUUAUCUUCCACUGAAUUCACAACCAUAGGACUCAUCAAAGAUUAUUUGAUUGAAAUUAUCGAUAGUAACAACCAAGAGAUUAACAACAACGAAAAAUUGGUAGAGUUGUAUGAAAAGGAAUCUAUUAAUAAUAAUCAUGAACUUAAUAGAUUGAAAUCAAAACCUUUCAUUAUUCAAAAUAACAAAUGUAGUGCAUGUAAUCUCAAUUUAGAUUUUCCUGCUAUACAUUUCAAAUGUAAACACUCCUUCCAUCAAAGGUGUCUUAAUGAUAACUAUUUAAGUUCCAAUGAACACCUUAAUUCAAAACCCGUUUGCUCCAUAUGUAUUAGUGAUAUUGAUCUGAUACAAACAUUAAGAGAUGAACAAUUGAAAUCCAAAGAUGAGACCGAUUUAUUUAAAUCCACUUUGAAGGAAUCAUCAGACAAGUUUAAAGUCAUCACCAACUAUAUUGGAAAAGGUAUAAUGGAAAAUGAGUUCAUCCACAUAACAGAUUAA